CUUUGAUUUGUUUGUGUAAAAACUUCAGCCAUUGCUCCCGGGGGUGGAAAGUCAGUGAAAAUUCGCCCAUUAUGCGAGAACGGUGAAAGAGAUGAUCCUGAUUCAGCAGUUCCGCGCUUACUGGCUUGUCGCCUCUUUCGGCUUCAUUCUGUUCGUCGCGGGCUCCGGUCUUCUCUUCUGGAAUGAGGGGCGCGCUGUGCACAAGACUCUGGCACUGGACGAGGCCCUGAAUGAUGGCGUGUCGCUGAUGGCGGAGAUUCCGAUCGAGAGCACGUACGAGGGCCGUUUGGUGCAUAUUGUGGGGUCUCUGGUGACGGAGGAGCCGCUGACGGAGCCGGAUUAUGGGAUUCAGGUGAACAGCGUGAAGCUGAAGAGACGCGUGCAGAUGUACCAGUGGAUUGAGGAGACGAUGGAGCAUCGCUACGGCGAGAGCAUCGCCUCGGUGGAGACUGAGGAUCGGACUUACUACUACACAAUGGAUUGGCGGGAUCACUUGAUUGACUCCCGGAACUUCUACAUUCGCACUGGACACCACAAUCCGCGGGCUUUUCCGCUGGAGAGUCGCGUACAGGUGGCGGAGCGCGUCCAGAUUGGCUACUACGAACUGGGCGUGGCUGUGAAGGAUCGCAUUUCGAGCUUCGUGGAGCUCACCUCGGACAGCCGACCUGAAGAUCCGGCCGUGAAGCUCCACUCGGGCCUCUAUUAUCACUGCAACGACGUGUGGAAUCCCGAGAUUGGCGACAUUCGCAUCCAGUUUGCGUUCGCGGGCCUGGAAGGGGAGACUUACACCGUCGUGGGGCGCCUCUCGCAGGGCGUCUUGGUGCCAUAUCAGACCAGCCUCGGAAGCCACGUUCUGCUGGUGUUCAAGGGCGAACACAGCCUCACGGACGCGUUCAAGCAAGAGCAUAAAUCCCAGAGGAUGACCACCUGGACAAUUCGCUUCUUCGGAUGGCUGCUGCUCUUCUUCGCCGCCACUGCCACAGCAUCCAUCGUGCACGUGGCUCUGGCACAUAAUUGUUAUCUAUCUCGAAUCGCUCCGGAUCCCGCACAUCCAGUAUCGGCGAACCUCAUUCUCUCCUUCUCGCUGGCGCUGCUGAUCACCUCCCUCGCCUGGGCUUUUCACCGGCCUUGGGUGGGCGCCGGAUUGCUCCUGGCCGCCGCGUCGCCCUUCCUGUGCUGCGCCCGCGGCGUCGUUCAGUACCAGCGCCUCAACUGACUCCCCCCUGUGUGACUCCCUGUAGUUGUGUGAUAAUAUGUCGUGAUUAAAGGAUUUCUGGAGAAUUCC